AUGGCUCUCAAAACAAUCACGGCUCAAAAUGCAGCGGCUUUGGAUAAAGACCUUAUGGACUACGGGGCCUUCUCAAUUGAUCAACUGAUGGAGCUAGCCGGUCUCUCUGUGUCCCAAGCGGUAUACAAAGUCCACCCACCAAGCAAGGGGAAAAAUGUUCUCGUUGUAUGCGGACCUGGAAACAACGGCGGAGACGGGCUUGUUUGCGCUCGACAUCUAGCUCAUUAUGGCUACACGCCAACUGUCUACUAUCCCAAGCAAGGCAAAAACGAACUUUAUGAGCGCCUGGCAACCCAGCUGCGCAACCUCUGCGUUCCCUUCGCAUCCGACUUCCCCACCUCCCUCUCCACAACCUCCCUUGUCAUCGACGCUAUCUUCGGCUUCUCCUUCGGUGGGCCUUUGCGUGAACCCUACCCGGCAAUAGUAUCUGCGCUCGAGAACACCCGCGUACCCGUGGUAUCUGUCGAUGCGCCAAGUUCAUGGGAUAUCGAGUCUGGCCCACCUAACGAGGGCCCGGGAGCCAAGUUCAUGCCGGAGGUGCUGGUGAGCUUGACAGCUCCGAAGCCAUGCGUAAAAUUUUUCAAAGGAAGGCAUUUUAUUGGUGGCAGGUUCUUAACUAAGACAGUCGCGGAGAAGUACGGACUAGAUGUCCCGGAUUAUCCAGGAAUAGACCAGGUAAUGGAGGUGGAGGCAGAAGGGGCUGAAAAGUUAUGA